ACGCAACGAUGAUUAUUUUCUACAAAUCAUAAAGACAUCGGAACACUAUACUUUAUUUUCGGAGCCUGAGCUGGAAUAGUAGGUACCGCUCUUAGACUUAUUAUCCGUGCAGAACUAGGUCAACCAGGAAGUCUUAUUGGAGAUGACCAAAUUUACAAUGUUGUAGUUACAGCCCACGCUUUUGUUAUAAUUUUCUUUAUAGUUAUGCCUAUCAUAAUUGGAGGAUUUGGAAAUUGAUUAGUCCCUCUGAUAUUAGGUGCUCCUGAUAUAGCUUUUCCUCGUAUAAACAAUAUAAGAUUCUGACUUUUACCUCCUUCGUUAACGUUACUUCUUUCCAGAGGUAUAGUUGAAAGAGGGGUAGGAACAGGAUGAACAGUCUAUCCUCCUUUAUCAGCUAGAAUUGCUCAUGCCGGAGCUUCAGUAGACUUAGGUAUUUUCUCGCUGCAUCUAGCUGGUGUCUCGUCUAUCUUAGGAGCUGUCAAUUUUAUAACAACUGUUAUCAAUAUACGAUCUACAGGUAUAACUAUAGACCGUAUACCUCUUUUCGUAUGGGCAGUAUUUAUUACCGCCCUACUACUUUUAUUAUCUUUACCAGUAUUAGCAGGGGCUAUUACAAUACUUUUAACAGACCGAAAUCUGAAUACUUCAUUUUUUGACCCUGCAGGAGGUGGAGACCCUGUCUUAUACCAACAUUUAUUUUGAUUCUUUGGGCAUCCGGAGGUAUAUAUUCUAAUUCUACCCGCCUUCGGGAUAAUUUCACACAUUAUUAGUCAAGAAUCAGGUAAAAAAGAAGCAUUUGGGACCCUUGGAAUAAUUUAUGCUAUACUCGCUAUUGGAGUUCUAGGAUUUGUAGUUUGAGCACAUCAUAUAUUUACAGUAGGUAUGGAUGUUGAUACCCGUGCUUACUUUACAUCUGCUACAAUAAUUAUUGCUGUUCCCACAGGAAUUAAAAUUUUUAGCUGAAUAGGAACCCUCCACGGGACACAGCUAAAUUAUAGCCCUUCUUUAAUUUGAGCCCUAGGAUUUGUAUUUUUAUUCACAGUGGGGGGACUCACAGGAGUUGUUUUAGCUAACUCAUCAAUUGAUAUUAUCCUACAUGAUACUUAUUAUGUAGUGGCCCAUUUCCAUUAUGUUCUUUCUAUAGGAGCAGUAUUUGGUAUUUUUGCUGGUAUUGCUCACUGAUUCCCUUUAUUUACUGGUCUAACCUUAAACCCUAAGUGAUUAAAAGUACACUUUUUAGUUAUAUUUAUCGGAGUAAAUAUUACCUUCUUCCCACAACAUUUCUUAGGACUUAAUGGAAUACCUCGUCGUUAUUCAGAUUAUCCAGAUGCUUACACAGCAUGAAAUGUAGUCUCAUCUAUUGGGUCUACCGUAUCAUUAAUCGCUGUUUUAGGCUUUGUUAUAAUUGUAUGAGAAGCUCUAACCGUAGCACGACCAGUUAUAUUUUCAUUAUUUUUACCAACUUCAAUUGAGUGACAACAUAAUUUACCACCCGCAGAUCAUAGUUAUAUAGAAAUUCCCCUAAUUACUAACU